UCCAAAAUUGAGAAUAUCGGCCCCCAUGUCACCAAACCACUGGAGUACGCUUUAAAAAAUCCCCUGGUCUACGACGCACCGUCUUCCUCCCUCGAUGGAGUCACCAGUGGAAAUCGGACACGUUUCCUCUUCAACCUCACAGCCUCUGCACACGACCUCAGCGCCUACGGACGUCCAAUAGAAUCCCACCUCAAGAUACAAGGUCUUCGGACCAAGGAGUUUGGAACAUACGCCUGCAGAAUGCGAAACAUUCGCGGUGUUGCUGAGGGCUACAUUCGCCUGAAGAGAAGGGGUAUAACAGAACUCAUACCUCCAGCUAUAUAUAAGUUCAUUGAAUCGCAGUUCACUGUUGUCUAUCCCAUGCUGGAAACAGAAGGUGACGGAUAUUUUUCUCCUUCUACAACGUUGAAGCUUCCGGAGACUUGUGCAACUUUUUCGAAUGGCUAA